CCAAGCAGAUAAGAAUAGUUAAAGUUAAUAUUAAUAAAUCAAACCCCUCACACGAUAUUCGUUUCGUUUCAGAUUUCAGGCAGCUUUAACUGAUUCUAUAUGUUAUAUGAAUCAAUUUCUUCGAGUUAACUAUUGAAAAAUAAAAUGUGUUUGGUUAUUAAGCAUUGCAAGGGAUUUUUGCCGGGCUUUUCAUCAGCUCAGGGUUUAAUGUUUCCGUCCUAAUUUAAUUCUUUCUUUGGCAAAGGGAACAAUAUGGUUACUAUGGAUAAUCUCCCUGAUCAAUUAGUUUGGGAGAUUUUUAGUAGAAUUGAGAAAACCGUUGAUCGAAAUUCCAUAUCUUUGGCUAGUAAACACUUCCAUAAUCUUGAUAACGAACAAAGAAAAUACCUUCGUAUUGGCUGCGGAUUGAACCCUGCAAAUGAAGCGUUGACCUGUCUAUGCCUCAGGUUCCCAAACUUAAGCAAAAUCGAAAUUACAUACGCUGGUUGGAUGUCCAAGUUAGGCAAACAGUUAGAAGACCCUGGUCUUUCUGUACUUUCCAACAGCUGCCCGUUUUUAACAGAUGUCACCUUAAGUUAUUGCACUUUUAUAAGUGAUGCGGGUCUUAGCACUUUAGCUGCGUGCUCCAAACUUUCAUCAUUGAAAUUGAAUUUCACCCCAAGGCUUACCGGCUGUGGCAUAUUUUCAAUCGUUGUGGCCUGCAAAAAUCUUAAAGUCCUUCAUCUUAUACGCUGUUUGAAUGUUAGCAACCUUGAGUGGCUUGAAUGUCUUGGCGGACUGGAAACUCUUGAAGAUUUGUGUGUGAAGAACUGUAGGGGGAUAGGGGAAGGUGCUCUUGUAAAGCUUGGACCUACAUGGCGUAACAUAAAACAUUUGCAGUUUGAGGUUGAUUCGAAUUAUCGGUACAUGAAGCUUUAUGAUCGGUUAGCUGUUGACAGAUGGCAACAACAGUUUGUCCCAUGUGAAAACAUGGUAGAGCUUAGCUUGAUAAAUUGUAUGAUCAGCCCGGGAAGAGGGCUCGCUUGUUUAUUAGACAAAUGCAAAAACUUGGAGAAAAUUCACUUAGACAUGUGUAUAGGAGCCCGAGACUGUGACAUCAUUGGUAUGGCCCAGAGCUCAAGAAAUCUUCGAUCUAUAUCAAUUAGAGUACCGUCAGAUUUUUCACUUCCUUUAUUAAUGGAACACCCAUUGAGACUCACAGACGAUAGCUUGAAAGCAUUGGCUCAGAACUGUACACUUCUCGAAUCAAUCUCAUUGUCUUUCUCAGACGGUGAGUUUCCUUCAUUGUCUUCAUUUUCUCUUAACGGAAUUCUUAAUUUAAUCAUAACUUGCCCUGUGAAAAACCUGUCUCUUGAUCGUGUUUAUUCCUUUAACAAUAUUGGAAUGGAAGCUCUUUGUUCUUGUGCUCAUCUUGAAACCUUAGAACUUGUUAGAUGCCAGGAGAUAAGUGAUGAAGGACUAGAACUUGUAGCCCAUCACCCGAUAUUGCGUGUAUUGCGAUUGACCAAGUGUCUUGGAGUCACUGAUGAUGGGUUCAAGCCACUUAUUGGUUCUUGCAAACUGGAACUUCUUGCUGUGAAUGAUUGCCCUCAAGUAUCUUAUAUGGGUGUGCAAGGAGCUGCAAAGUCUGUGUCUUUUAGACAAGAUUUGUCAUGGAUGUAUUAAAUUUCAUGUUUUUUUCUGUGGUUGAAAUAAAAACUUUGUUGUAAUUCUAUAAAUUCGUGCAAACUUUUGUCAUAUGUUUUUGCAGUUUUAUUGAACGAUACAGUAUAUGUCAUA